GGAUCAUCGGAUAGUUUUUUUUUGUGUGAAUUGUAUAGUUUAUUACCAAAUUAAAGUUAACAUUAAAUAGAAAAACACCCAGUAUGUCGGAACGUAAAGUUUUGAACAAAUACUAUCCUCCGGAUUUCGACCCGUCGAAAAUCCCCCGGGUCAAGCUCCCGAAGAACCGGCAGUACACGGUCCGGCUGAUGGCUCCGUUCAAUAUGCGCUGCGUGACGUGCGGCGAGUACAUCUACAAGGGCAAGAAGUUCAACGCCCGCAAGGAGGACGUGGAAAACGAGGACUACCUCGGCAUUCGGAUCUAUCGGUUCUACAUCAAGUGCACCCGCUGCCUGCAGGAGAUUUCCUUCAAGACCGAUCCGCGCAAUACCGACUACGAAAUCGAAGCUGGUGCCACGAGGAACUUCAUGGCGUUAAAGUUGGCCGAAGAGCAGGCCCGGCGGGAGGAAGAGGAAGCUCGCGAGGAGGAGGCAACGAAUCCGAUGAAGCUGCUGGAGAACCGUACGCAGCAAUCGAGGAACGAAAUUGAGCUGCUGGAAUCGCUGGAGGAGCUGAGGGAUCUGAACCGACGGCAGCAGGAUGUGGACUACGACCGGAUGCUGCAGCAGUACGAUCCGACCGAGUCGAUUCGGGCCCGCGAGGAACGGCUGGAGCGGAUGGACGAGGAGUAUAUCAAAACGGUUAAAUUCCGUUCCAAUCCAGCAGCAGGUGGCGGCAGCAGCAGCAGCAGCAGCGGAUUGAAACGUGUUGCCACCGAGGAAAUCAUCGAAGAGAUCAAGCAGGAACCGGGUCAAGAAGGGGCCGCAACCGGCAGCGAAUCAACAGCUCCGACCUCAUCCUCCUCCAUUCUGACGACAACGACGACGACGACGACGUUGGCGACGUCGGCUAGCAUUGGAGCAAAGGUGAAAAGGUUGGACACCAACAACAGCUACAGCAUCGGGGUGAGGAAAAGUUCACUGAGCAAUUUGGUAGUCAAGAAGAAACAACCGACCCCUGCUGUUGCUGUUGCUGCUACUGCCACUUCUGGUGAGUCAAAGUCGGUUGAGACAAAAACCACGACGGCAACUAGUUGUGUUUCCUCGAGUGCGGCCACACCGUCGGGUGCCGUCGUCAGCGGUAGUGCUUCUGCUGGUCCCGUGGUCAGUGGUUUAGGUCUCCUGGGGGCUUACUCCGACAGUGAAAAUUCGUCCGAUGGAAAUGAGUGAAUGCAAUCGAUUUAG